AGGUGGAGUCAUGCUUCACAGGGCCGUACCAUGUUGGCAGCCGUUCCUGGGUCUGGCUGUGGUGUUACUCUUCAUGGGAUCUACCAUUGGCUGCCCUGCUCGCUGCGAGUGCUCCGCCCAGAACAAAUCUGUCAGCUGCCACCGAAGGAGGCUGAUCGCCAUCCCAGAGGGCAUUCCCAUCGAGACCAAAAUCUUGGACCUCAGCAAGAACAGGCUGAAAAGUGUCAACCCUGAAGAAUUCAUCUCAUAUCCUCUGCUGGAGGAGAUCGACCUGAGUGACAACAUCAUCGCCAACGUGGAGCCAGGAGCAUUUAACAACCUCUUCAACCUGCGUUCCCUCCGCCUCAAAGGCAAUCGCCUCAAGUUGGUCCCUUUGGGGGUCUUCACGGGCCUUUCCAACCUCACCAAGCUGGACAUCAGUGAGAACAAGAUUGUCAUCUUACUGGACUACAUGUUCCAGGAUCUGCAUAACCUGAAGUCUCUGGAAGUGGGGGACAACGACUUGGUUUACAUAUCACACAGGGCCUUCAGCGGGCUGCUUAGCUUGGAGCAGCUCACCCUGGAGAAAUGCAACCUGACGGCAGUACCGACAGAAGCCCUCUCCCAUCUCCGCAGCCUCAUCAGCCUGCAUCUGAAGCAUCUCAACAUCAACAAUAUGCCCGUGUAUGCCUUUAAAAGACUGUUUCACCUGAAACACCUCGAGAUUGACUACUGGCCUUUACUGGAUAUGAUGCCUGCCAACAGCCUCUACGGUCUCAACCUCACGUCCCUCUCCAUCACCAACACCAACCUGUCCACUGUCCCCUUCCUUGCCUUUAAACACCUGGUCUAUCUGACCCACCUUAACCUCUCCUACAACCCCAUCAGCACCAUUGAAGCCGGCAUGUUCUCUGACCUGGUCCGCCUUCAGGAGCUCCACAUAGUGGGGGCCCAGCUCCGCACCAUCGAGCCGCACUCUUUCCAAGGGCUCCGCUUCCUUCGUGUGCUCAACGUGUCUCAGAACCUACUGGAAACUUUGGAGGAGACGGUCUUCUCCUCCCCUAGGGCUUUGGAGGUCCUGAGCAUCAACAACAACCCCCUGGCCUGUGACUGCCGCCUCCUCUGGAUUCUGCAGCGGCACCCCACCCUGCAGUUCGGGGGCCAGCAGCCCAUGUGUGCCGGCCCAGACACCAUCCGUGAGAGGUCAUUCAAGGAUUUCCAUAGCACUGCCCUUUCUUUUUACUUUACCUGCAAAAAACCCAAAAUCCGUGAAAAGAAGUUACAGCAUCUGCUAGUGGACGAAGGGCAGACGGUCCAGCUAGAAUGCAGUGCUGAUGGAGACCCCCAGCCUGUGAUUUCCUGGGUGACACCUCGAAGGCGUUUCAUCACCACCAAGUCCAAUGGAAGAGCCACCGUGCUGGGCGAUGGCACCUUGGAAAUCCGCUUUGCUCAGGAUCAGGACAGUGGGAUGUAUGUUUGCAUCGCUAGCAACGCUGCUGGGAACGACACCUUCACAGCCUCCCUAACUGUGAAAGGAUUCACUUCAGACCGCUUCCUCUAUGCGAACAGGACCCCUAUGUACAUGACCGACUCCAAUGACACCAUUUCCAAUGGCACUAAUGCCAAUACUUUUUCUCUGGACCUGAAAACAAUACUGGUGUCUACAGCCAUGGGCUGUUUCACAUUCCUGGGAGUAGUUUUAUUUUGUUUUCUCCUCCUUUUUGUGUGGAGCCGAGGGAAAGGCAAACACAAAAACAGCAUUGACCUUGAGUAUGUGCCCCGAAAAAACAAUGGUGCUGUUGUGGAAGGGGAGGUGGCUGGACCUAGGAGGUUCAACAUGAAAAUGAUCUGAGGGUCGACCACUCCCGCCACUGUGUCUGUGUCACUGUGGAUAACUGGUCAGACGACCUGGCACAGUAAAGCCCUAGGUUAAAAGGCAGCUGCGUGCAGCUGCGCCUGUGUCAAAGCAGGGUCCACAGAAGCCGGAAGACCUCUGAUGGAGACUGCCCACCUAGAGGCAGGCAGGCACGUGGGAGAGCCCUUCACACAGUGGGCUACUAAUUGUUUGCAUUGCAAAUACUGGCAUUCUGGGGAUCUCAGUAAUGGACCUGAACCUUUGGCUCAUGCUCACGGACAGUUAUUCAACAUUUUCUACCACUGCAAAAA